UCUAUCCUAAGUCUAGGAGGAUUUGAAGGGAGCUCCUGGGAGAAGGGGGUGAUGGGGGGUCAGGAAGGCAGCCAAGCGUGCCUCACCUGGUGUUUUUUUGGCGGGCUGGGCCUGUAUAAAGUGGAAGGGUUUAGUGUGUGUGUCUUAGUGUUCGUGUGCUGUGCUCUCGGAAGGUUUUAUAUACCUAAGAAACUUAUAUGUCUUUCCAUCUGUACAUCUCUGGGGAUUUUAUAAUUUUGUUGUUAGAAUGGGAAGGGAAAAUUAGUAUUUUUAUUUUUGGAUGGGUUGUAGGUCUGUGUAAGGUGCUUGGGUUAACGUUUCUAGGGAGAUGGCAGUCCAGGGAAAAUUCCUCCCGCUUUCCCCGCCCCCUCCACUAUCUGGUUCCAGCCAGCCUGUCUGGGGCCGGACUGGGCUGUAGGGCACGGGAGGGCGGUUUAGGCCCUCAGUGCCCGCCCCUCCCCCCCCCAUGCCGGCAACUCAGCCUGAGGCCACAUUUGCUGCUGCUGUGCCGCUAAAUUACAAGCGACGCCAUGGAUAGGCUGUGCUCACGGUGCCCUCUGCCAGGCUGCCCGAGGCCCUCUGUCCUUACAUGCCUCCUGAUCCUGACUGUUUCUUUCCUGACAUACCCCAUGCUCAGGACCCUUAGCCUGCAGCUCCAUUCAGCUGUCACCGGCAGCUAUGUCCCUGGCACUUACUCCAUCGUCUUUGUCAACUGUCCCAAUGAGCAAAUUGCCAGAGAUAUUGCCAGGUAUGGUAAAGGUGCUUAGGUGCUGCCUCAGGAUGCCCCAGGGAGCUACCGGGACGUUCCAGAGGGGCCACUUGGGGCCCUUCUCUUGCUUCUGACAACCACCCGUUCAGUGGGGGCUCUGCUUUCUUUCCAAAGGUCGGUGCAUCCUUUUGAAAUCCCGGAGGUCUUCAGUCUUCCCAUGGACCAAGGAGAUGUGCACUAUUUAAAGUGGCUGAAGGAGAGCAUGGAGGAGGCCUGAGUUGGGGAGGCCUUCUGUGGAUCCUGCUGGCUGCCUCUAGCCUCCUGGCAUCAGCGGCACUCUGCCUCCUGGCAUCUUGUCAGCACAGAGGAACUAAGGAACUCGUGGAGGCUGAAGGUCCAAGGCUCCUGAGGCUAGAAGAGGCAGCUGGCCAGUCUGGCCAUGCAAGAGCCCAGUGGAACUUGUCUCUGAGUGCUUCAUCACUGGGCCUACCUCGAGUGUCUAGGAUGUAAUUACCCUCUUGGUUCUCAUGAGGAGGAACGGACCUAAUGACCUGUUUACCUGGAAGCAUGUGGGAUGAAUGCCACUUUCUAGGGGAGCUGCAAGUGCUUUAUUCAAAAGGAUGAAUUGCUAAUGGUGCAAUUUCAGGGGCAAGCAGAAUGAUUUCUCCCAGCUAAGGAUGGUGUUUGUUACUCCUGAGUCCUCAGGAGGUGGGCCUGGGGAUGGGUUUAGGAGUGUGUAUAGGACUAGGGGAAUAUUAGGGCUUAGACACACUCUCAUGAGUUGAGAAUAGAUUUUCUUUCCUAGCCUGAAUGACAUCAGAAGGUUCUAGUGCUUUGCUCAGCGGAGACAGGUUCUGAGCCCGCCAUACUAACCUUUUUACUUGAGCAUUGAAAUUGAACAUCCUAAAGUAGGGAAAAGCCCUGGGAAAUGGCUAGACCAGUUUUCUGACUUGCUCCACAAAGCCCCAGGGGUUGACAGAAGGCACCCUGGGGACUGCCUGGGUGGGGAUAAGUACAUGAGGCCCCCAUACUUCAGCCAGUGCAACUGUGAUUGUAUUAGUUUUAUGUGUUGAACUCGCCUGUGAUAUUUGGGUGGUAGGGUUUUUUUUUGUAAGUUUUCUUUGUUAAAAGUUUGUAAACCAGUGGCCUAAGCCAGUCUCCACUGUAGCGGUUACUGAGGGAAACUGAAUGGCACAGAGGUGCAGAAAGGGGGUGUGCUGACUGAGUUGUGAGUGGCACAGCUGAGGCUGUUUACCCAGUGUCUGGCGCUCCCCACCCCUGUUCCAUGGGUCGCAGGUGGAGGAGGGCAGGGCAGGCAGAGUCCUGUGGGGUGAGAAGAGACUUGACCUAGGCCCCCUCCAGGAAUCUGUCACAAGGUUACUCCCCUCUGGGGAGCCCAUGGGCGGUUUGGUGAGGGUCCCACAGACAUCUGUGGUGUCCUGGGCCUUUCUUCCCAGAGGGCCUGGUGUGGGGAGCGGUAGUGCUAGACUCUCAUUCUGACACCUGCUGCGCUUUUUGGACCUUAGUUCCUCCAAAUAUAAAAUGGGGGCAGCUCUCCAAGGGUGGUUCUAUGAAGACCUUUCAGGGACUUCAGGCUGAGGCCCUUCCAAAGGCCCAGAGAAUUCUUUUCUGAUAGCCAGUGUGGAUUUUGGAGGGCUGCCUCAGGAGAAGAACAGAGAUGAUACUAAUGAUGCCCCUUUUUAUAACAGGUGUUUGAUACAUAAGAAAACAUUGUGUCAGGUAAACACCGCUGAAAUUGUCCUAGGGACCCCAGGUGGACUGUGCCCAUAUUGCUUUCAGGAUAAAGUCCAAUUUCUUGGUCUGGCUUACAAAGUCUUUCAUAACCUGGCCUCAGCUCCCUAUUUGCAUCUUCGCCUGCAUCUCCUUUCCCGCAUUUCCCUUUCCGGGAAAGUGAAUGGCUUCAGUAAGCUGUGUGGUGUUACUCCUGUGUUCAGGCCAUGCCCUCUGCCCGGAUGCCCUUUUACGCGAAUGCUUGUGAAAUCUGGCCGCUCCUUUGCAAGGCUCCCCCGGCUGGAAGGAAUCUCGCCUUGCCUUGGUGCCCCUGUCAGCCUUGUAUGUUUAGUAGACUGGGAGCUGCUCGAGGUCAGGGGCAUGUCGGAAUCUAUUUGAUCUCUUGUACAGGGUUUGGCAAAUAUUUCCCCAAUUGAUGUUUUAAGGAUUUGAAUAAAUAAAGCUUUCUCUACAGUC